AUGCCCGAGGAAAAGGGAAAAAUUAGUGCCUUCGAGCGCAAGCGAUUGGCAAAUAUAGAGGCCAACCGUGAAGUUCUCACAGACAUUUCCAAAACCGCCAAGAAGGUUAUACCGGACAAGCCUGCACCAGCUCCCAAAAGAAAGACGAGAAAGAGUGAACCGGUCAAGCGCGAGUAUGCUCGCCCUACACGCACCAGCUCCCGCCUUGCCGGGCUUGACGCGGACAAUGAGACGCUGAAGCGCAAAAUGGAGGUCGAGGCCCAAUCACAAGCUGCAGUGGCUAAGGCGAAGAAGAUGCGAGUCUCAGGUGACUUAGACCUUGGAGAUAUUGCAGUGGAGGGCAAGAAAUGGGACAAUGGGAUUACUGGGAUCAAAGGACUCAUUCGUGGAGCUCAGCCAGGCGUCAGAACCUUCACUGAGGAUGAUGUGAAAGAGACUACGGAUCAGAACCUGAAAGAGCUAAGAGAAAGAAUGACUGGACUGAAGCUUUAUGAGCAUUGGUCGCCUCAAGAUAUCAAAAUCACUCCACAGCGUGUGUAUGCACUUGGGUUUCAUCCAACAGAAGACAAGCCCAUCAUUUUCGCUGGCGAUAAGGAAGGCAACAUGGGUGUGUUUGAUGGUUCUCAGACAGCACCGUUUUCUGAGGAUGACGAGGAGACCGAAUAUCAAGAUCCCGUGAUAUCGGCGUUCAAAACACAUGCCCGCACAAUCACAUCGUUUGUCUUCUCAUACCAAGAUCAUAAUGCUGUUUACUCAUCCUCUUACGACUCCUCGAUUCGAAAGAUGGACUUGGAGAAAGGGAAGUCAGUUCAAGUGUACGCACCCAAAGACGCAGAUGUAGAGAGGGCCAUCUCGGCUCUCGACAUUUCUGCAGAAAACCCCAACGUGCUUUAUUUCUCCACGCUGGAGGGGGGCGUAGGCAGGUAUGACAUUCGCGGUCCCCAAACCGACGAGAUAUGGGGUCUGUCAGAUCAAAAGAUCGGCGGAUUCUCUCUGCACCCUCUCCAGCCUCAUCUACUUGCCACAGCGUCCUUGGACCGCACACUUAAGGUUUGGGACCUGCGGAAAAUCACUGGCAAGGGAGACAUGCGACAUCCGGCGCUACUGGGUGAUCACGAAUCCCGACUGUCUGUCUCCCAUGCUUCUUGGAGCCCUGGAGGCCAUGUCGCCACAUCCUCAUACGACGAUACGAUCAAGAUUUACGACUUUUCCGAUUCUGGCUCCUGGAAGGCGGGCCAUGAGAUUGGCCCCAAGGCGAUGAAGCCGGCACAUCAGGUCAGGCACAACAACCAGACCGGCCGAUGGGUGACAAUCUUGAAGCCGCAGUGGCAGCGACGGCCAAACGACGGCAUUCAGAAGUUUGUUAUCGGAAACAUGAACAGAUUUGUCGACGUGUUUGCUUCUGAUGGGAGCCAGCUGGCUCAGCUCGAUGGAGAGGGCAUUUCAGCUGUUCCUGCCGUGGCUCACUUCCACCCGUCGCAGGAUUGGGUUGCUGGUGGUACUGCGAGCGGGAAGCUGUGCUUAUGGCAAUGA